AAAUGAAUAUGUGUGUGUUAUUGUAUAUGUGACAAUGCGAAUGAGUGAUACAACAAUAAUUCACGGGCGUGAAUACGACGUAUACUUGCUGAAAUCACUUUGUAUUUAAUUUUCGAAAAAAUCAUACUUAAUUUAGCAUUGUUUAAACGAAAUGUUUAUGCUGUUCGCAAAUUUCAUGAGAUUCCGAGGUGCAUGACAUGAAGUGCGUCAUCGAAUAUUUGUUGGUUUUUAAUCUGAAAUGAGAAAUAUCUCAUAACGAUUGCAGUAGUAGCUCGAAGGCGUUUGACGUUUGUGCCUACAAAGAAAAGAAAUUACGCAGAAGCACGCCGCGAAAUGCACAGAGUGAAAAUAGAUUGGCAAAAUAAAUAACACACCAAAUCCAUCUUUCUAACACAUAUUUGGGCAGAAACCAGUUUUGCCGUGAUUGAUAAAAAUUGCAUAUUGCGGAUGGUUUUAAAAUAUACAAACAGAACGAACGGAGAAAGAGAAAGAGACGAUAGACGAAAAUUAGGGGGCCCGAAUCAAAAGGAAAAAAUAAAUAAAAUUAAAAAAGAAAAUAAAAACGAAACGCAUAAUUAUUCCAAGAUGGAUCGUAUUUGGAACAUUUCUAACAAGACAAAUCGAAUCAAUGUGUGAAUAAGGGAGAAAUAUAUUAUUUUUAUGUUGUUAGUACGAGUGCAAAACGACGACGAUUAUCAGAAGUGACGCAAUUUGUGUUGAACGAGAAAAUAAAAGUGUAAGAAAAAAAAAUUGCUAUUGCUUUGCCUGAAAGUCAAAUUAACACACUGUUUGUCAGCGCACAUAAUUCGUAUUGCGAGAUAUACUUGACGAGUGCACUGUGAAUUUUUUUUUCCUUCGUUUUUUUUCUCUCUCUCGUAUAUAUAUAAAAAAAAACAAAGACGACUACGACUAUACGGCCCAUAGUGUCAACAUGGAAUUUUCGGAAAAUCUAGAGUCAUUCAGUCAUUUUAAUAAUGAUCCGUUUUGUAAUUUACUCGACGAAGAAAUUCCACAGAAUAUUUUCGAUGAAUUAAUGAACGAUGUGAAUUGCAAUGCGCUUGGAUUUGACAUGAACUCGGUGUCAUCGGAAGACAGUGGCCGAUCGAGUUCAUCAUACGAUGAUUUGGGAUCAAGAUUGGAUACAUUCAGUGAUCAGGCGAUGUUAGAAGUGCCUCAAAUCAAAACUGAACUGAUAAAGCAGGAGCAUGUUGAAGAGGAACCAAAGUCACCGAGCCAUUUUGUGUACGGCUCCAAAAAUAUAAGCAAUCACAAUGCCAACAUCAAUGUGACGACAGCAAUUGAACCGAUUGAAGUGUCACGACCGGCAGUAUUUGCCACCACACAACAGACCUUUACACAAAUUCAACAGCCACAAUUUGUGUUGUCACAACCGAAAAUUGUCGUGAAACAGGAGCCCAUCAAGUUUCACACCCAAUCGAACACACAGCAAAUUUUCACAUUGCAAACGGUGAAUGGACAACAGUUUGUGGUCACAAAUGCAAAUCAAACACCUGUACAUACGAUUGUCAAUGGAACCACCGGAAUUCUAACCAAAAUUCCAGUCGUACCCGUCACAAGCAUCAUACAACAACAACAACAACAACCGCCACCACCACCACCCAUCACAACGCCCAAAACAACAAAUAUGACAACGGUCGCGCUACAGCCAACCAAAUUAACAGUUAAAUCGACAACCAACACACCACCGCAGACCGUAAAACCUAGCAAAAAAUCUGGGCACAACAUUAUUGAACGACGUUACAGAACAUCUAUCAAUGACAAAAUCACCGAGCUGAAAAAUUUAGUGACCGCCGGAACUAGUGCAGCCAAUGCAAAAAUGAAUAAAUCGGGCAUAUUAAAGAAAUCAAUCGAUAAGCUGCGUUCGUUGGAAAUUGAAAAUGUUGAAUUAAAAGUGGAAAAUCAGCGAUUACGUCAAAUGCUUGGCAUGAAAGCAAUAUCCGAUGCUGGUUCGCCGUUAUCACCGCCCAUAUCGAAUUCCAGCUCGCCAAUGCCACAAAUAAUGUCCGAACCAACAACACAAAUGAACAAUUCCGAUCCAUUAAUUACACCGAAAACCGAGACUGAUCACAAAGUGGUUUUCAUUCAACGCGGCCUAAGCCCCCAUUCCAAAUUCGCAUUAUGUAUUUUUAUGUUUGCCGUUGUAAGUUUAAAUAGUUUCGGUUCGCUCAUUCUUAACGAUCAACGUCCGAACAUUGAUUUGGCCGAUGGCAAUUAUAACAUGGAAAUGGCACGUCGUGCCAUUCUCUCCAAUAUGAUUGAUGACCCAUACACAAUGUUCUUCAAUUGGAAAAAUUUGGCAGUGUCUGUGGUGAAUUUUCUCAUUGUUAUGGCAUGUUUGAUAAAAUUGUUGGUUUACGGUGAACCAAUUGUUGAUCGUACACAUUGCAAAUCGAAUGACAUGGUGAAAUUGACACAGGCUACCGAAGCCCACUUCAAAAAUGGUAAUUUGGCCGCAGCUACACUCGGAUACAUGCGACAAUUGCAACAGUAUGGCAUUUGUUUGCCAUCGUGCACAAGCAUCACCUGGUUUGAGUGUUUAACCUAUACCACAUGGCAAGCGAUUCGAAUGUUCAUAUUUCGUUUGCCAUUUGGCACCUGGUUGUCACACAAAGUUGGCGGCCUGUUUUGCUCAAAGGAUACGCGUACGCAAGCGAUGAGCACAUACAAAGAGAUUGGAUGGAUUUUGCAUCGAUUGAAUCAAAUCGAUUUGAUGGAUCUGCAGAAGAAAUCGAGCGAAGAGAAGAACAGCAAACGUCGUCAGAUUUACGGUAUGAUGGUGACAUUGUAUGCCGUGAAUAUGUGCGAAACAGCUGAACCGCUGAUGUAUACCAAAGAGAUGGUUGAAGUGUAUUUGACGGUCGCCCUGCGUCUGAAGUCAAUGAAUAAACUACGCCUCAUAUCAUCAUACUACUUGCGAAAGGCAAAGUUUUUCCAUUUGCUUGGAACCACACAGAAUCGCCAAUUCGAUUGGAUUUUCAGUGAGCAUGGCUAUAAAUUUGUGUCAAAAUUGAAAACCAGCUUUGGCAACGUUGAUUUUGAACGUGACAAUCAACUGGACGUCAUCGGAGCUAGCAAUGUGAGCUACGAGCCAAUUACACAGAUUCAGCAGCGAUAUUGUAAAUAUGUGAUCAUCAAAUCGUUGGAAAAUUUGUUGGGCUUUCGAAGAAAUACCGAAUCGUGUCCGGUUGCAAAACAAACCGAUGACCGAAACCAACCGAUCGAACAGACACAAAUGAUGAAGGUGCUAAUGCUAACAAAGCAUCUCGAGGACGCAAUUCACACGGACAAUGACAAUGAUUUUGUAUCGAUUUCGUGGAUAGCACGAAUUAUCACCGUUGCAGCCAAUUGGACUAUGAACGAUUUGGAAAAAUGUGACCAGCUGUAUGGAGCGAUCGAUGAAUUUCCGCAACGUUUGCGCGGAACGAAGAGCAAGGAGAAGGCGCUGUUGAAAUCAUUAUACGUGAUUUAUUUGGCGAAGCGUGAAUUUGUGCAUCGAACCAGAGGCGGUACCUUGACACCCGAUAAAAUGCGCAUCAUUUUAAAUCGCUGCAAUAUCGCUAGUUGCUUGCUACAAAACUAUUUGACAUACAAUCGUUCGCAGAACAUCCAACCCAGCACAUUGAUCCGGCUCAUUCAGAUUCUAACCUGCGAUUGGUUGCUUGAAAUUCGAAGCGAAUGCUGGGAAAUAAUGCAGAGCACUGCGGCCGCAGCAACAUCAAAUGAUUGCGAUGACGAAGGGAUUAGCGAACCAUCGUCACACUUCUCACAAUUGGAAUUGUAUCAAUUGGACCUGACCAAUUUGUACUUGAUCUUUGGUACAAAGCAAAUGGGCAUGUCACGUAUCAAUUUAUACGAAGCCAUUUACCGCUUGAUGGCCAAUGCACUUCCAUUGGAAACGCAUCGGCUGCUUGAUCGAAACAUAAUGAUAAUGCGUCAGUCGAAACCAAAUUUAAUUUGUGUGGUCGGAAGCAAGGGUAACUCAGACGAUUUGUAUGUGUGCGGUGAACGAGAACGAGCCCGAUCAAUGAUGCUCGUUUGCAAAUAUUUGCAAGCUCAAGUGGGCAUCGAACGUGCCGGCCUUUUGACACAAGCCGCAACGAUAUUCAAACAAAUCGGAGACACGGUGAAAACCAACGAAUGUCAUCUUCUGUUGAAUAUGGUUAAUGGUGAUUAGGUUUCGGUAUAGUGUUAUUUUAGUGCAUUAGCACAUGAUCAUACAAAUAGACGAUGUUCUCAGCGCGGAGAUUAAAUGAACAAUUAUCAAGCAUUGCUAUGGCUGCAAUCGUAUUUCUUACACAUACGUUUAACAAAACAAAAAGAAAAAAUGGCUUUUUAUAUAGCUAAACGAAUCAAGAUGAGAUACUGAUAAAUUACAAUACAAAAAAUGAAUUACUAGACUUAAGCGGCACAUUGUUUUGCCUCUUUAUCGAACGGACAGUUCAUAUUAAUAAUCUUUUCGGUAUCAUUUUGCU